AUGCCCGACCAUCUUGGAGCCGAUAUGCGAAAACAAAAGAAAGACAUCGACGCUGAGGAUGACAAGCCUUUCCAAGCGCUAGAUGAAGGUGAUAUAGCAGUAUUGAAGCGUUACGGACAGGGACCAUAUGCCGAACAACUUAAGCAACUGGAGACUGACAUCGAAGAAUGUGUGAAGAAGGUCAACGAACUCUCUGGAGUGAAGGAAUCCGACACCGGUCUGGCUCCGCCAGCAUUAUGGGAUAUUGCAGCAGAUAAGCAGGCGAUGCAGCAAGAGCAACCGCUUCAAGUUGCUCGAUGCACGAAAAUAAUCACAGGCGAGGGUCAUGAUCCUAGAUACAUGAUCAACGUCAAACAGUUCGCCAAGUUUGUUGUGGAUCUCGCGGAUACAGUAGCUCCAACAGAUAUCGAGGAGGGCAUGAGGGUUGGAGUGGAUCGCAAUAAAUACCAAAUUCAUCUGCCACUUCCGGCAAAAAUCGACCCAACAGUAACCAUGAUGCAGGUAGAGGAGAAGCCCGAUGUCACUUACGCAGAUGUUGGCGGGUGCAAAGACCAGAUUGAGAAGCUCCGAGAAGUUGUCGAAACUCCUCUUUUACAUCCAGAGCGCUUCGUGAAUCUUGGAAUUGAACCACCCAAAGGAGUCUUGCUAUACGGUCCUCCAGGAACUGGUAAAACGCUAUGUGCCCGUGCAGUGGCUAACAGGACGGAUGCGUGCUUUAUUCGGGUGAUCGGGUCUGAAUUGGUGCAAAAAUAUGUCGGAGAAGGAGCUCGUAUGGUUAGAGAAUUAUUCGAAAUGGCCAGAUCUAAGAAGGCAUGCCUAAUCUUCUUCGAUGAGAUUGACGCAGUUGGAGGAGCUCGUUUUGAUGAUGGCCAAGGAGGUGACAACGAAGUGCAACGUACAAUGCUGGAGCUUAUUAAUCAACUCGAUGGCUUCGAUCCACGAGGAAAUAUAAAGGUACUUAUGGCAACAAAUAGACCAGACACUCUCGAUCCUGCUUUGAUUCGUCCAGGACGUUUGGAUCGCAAGAUCGAGUUCGCUUUACCAGAUUUGGCUGGAAGAGCUCACAUUUUGAAAAUUCAUGCCAAACAGAUGAGCGUUGAAAGAGAUAUUCGUUACGAUCUGCUUGCUCGACUAUGCCCUAACAGUACCGGUGCGGAAAUACGUUCUGUAUGUACUGAAGCAGGAAUGUUUGCAAUCCGGGCUCGACGCAAGGUAGCGACAGAAAAGGACUUUUUAGAGGCAAUUAAUAAGGUUGUUCCUUGUUCAUUAUCCGUUUUGAUUUUUCCCUUUUUUUGCGUUUUCUGGGUCUUGCUCUCAUUUUCGAACGUCUGUUACUGCAAAUUGCCCAGUAGUGACCGUGUUAGCUAA